AUGGGUUCUUUAAUGUCAGGAUGGGACUCGAAAGUAGGAGAUGCCAAUUCAGUGAAAAGGUGCAAGUCACUUACAAGAGAAGAUAUCGAUGCUUUUUGGAAGACAAAGAAGAAGAGUGAAGAAGAACAUGUUCAAGCCGUUUCCAAGUUGGUAGCUCAGGAAGUUGCCGAAAGCCAAACGCAAGAGGAGAAGAGAGUAGAAGAAGAUCGUAUUGAGAACCAAAGCAAAUGGUGGAGAAAAAGCAACUGGGCCUUCUUAAACGAGCCGAGGGAGGAAGAGGGUGGACCGAACAAUUACGUGCCACAGUUUCAAGUGGCUCACAUCACCAAAAUCGCCGGCUAG